AUGGGCCAGGAAGCAACCCCGCUGCCGGAGGGCAUCUUCUCCCUUCUGGAUACCGAUUUGUACAAAUUGACCAUGCAAUGCGCUAUUCUGAAGUACUUUCCUGAUGUUUAUGUGACCUACGGCUUCACGAAUCGGACCCCGCACAUGAAGUUGCGGCGCGGGGCAUACAAAUGGCUUCUGGAGCAGAUGGCGAAGCUCGCCAAUGUCCGCGUUACCGCCGAAGAGCACGACUUUCUAAAGAAAAAGUGCCCAUACCUCAAUGAGACCUACCUCGCCUUCCUCGAGACCUUCCAGCUCCGACCCGCCGAGCAAAUCGAUAUCAAGUUCACCCCGACGCAAGACACUGGCAGCGACGAGGAUGAGGGUGUCGUGGAAUACAACAUCAAGGGUCUCUGGGUGGACACAAUCUUGUACGAGAUCCCGCUGUUGGCACUGACCAGUCAAGCGUAUUUCAUGUUCAGCGACAAGGACUGGGACCAUGGCAACCAGGAGGAAAAGGCGUUCCGGAAGGGCUGUGAGCUUUUGGAGAAUGGGUGUGUGUUCUCCGAGUUCGGCUCGCGUCGGCGGAGAGAUUAUCAUACACAUGAUCUGGUGAUGAAGGGUCUUUGUCGGGCUGCGGAGGAAGGGAAGCGGCAAGGCUGGAAGGGUGUUCUCACUGGUACUAGCAAUGUGCACUUUGCUAUGAAGUACAAUGUUGGCACUGUUGGUACCGUGGCACACGAGUGGUAUAUGACCAUUGCGGCGAUUACGGAGGACUAUGAGAAUGCCAACGAGUUGGCGCUGCGGUACUGGCUCGGUUGCUUUGGCGAGGGUGUCCUCGGCAUCGCUCUUACCGAUACUUUCGGCACACCAGCCUUCCUAGAUGCCUUCCGCAAACCCAUCCGCGAAGCUCCAGUGCAAAGCGAUGCUUCCGCGAGUCCCCCGGUUACCACCGAUAUCCACGUCGACAACUCCAAGUCCACCCAGACCUAUGCCCAAGUCUACACCGGUGUCCGCCAGGACUCCGGCGACCCAACCUACUUCGUCAAGAUGGUGCGCGACUUUUACGACCGCGAGGGCAUCACCGAUAAAAAGACAGUUGUCUUUUCGGACUCGCUAAACAUCGAGCAUUGUCUCGAGUACAAGGCCAUUGCCGAGGAAGCUGGCUUCAACCCUACAUUUGGUGUGGGUACUUUCUUCACGAAUGACUUUAAAAACAAAUCCAACGGCGAAAAAUCCAAGCCCCUCAACAUCGUCAUCAAAAUCGCCACUGCCAAUGGUCGUCCAGCCAUCAAGUUGAGCGAUAACAUGGGUAAGAACACCGGUGAUAGCGCUAAGGUACAGGAGGUCAAGCAGAAGCUGGGCUACACCGAGCAAUCAUGGCUUGAAGGUGACGAGGGUAAUCGCUGGGCAGGCGGGCGGUCAUAA